AACCCCAGAGAGAGAUCAAGGACCUGGUGACGUUUAAUGUGAUAUUAACCUACGGGUGAUAAAUGAAUACAAUGAUUACAAAAUGAUCGAAAAUAAAUAAAAAGUAUGUAUAACCAAACAAUCUUUUGUACCAAUUUUUUAAUUGUAACAUGAUCACGGUAUUUUUUCAUCUGACUGUCCUACUGAUCAAAUGUCAAAAGUCAAAACAAUAAUACAUACAAAAGAUUCAAAAUGUGUAGGUAUUAAUCUCAAUAAACUGGUAUGAAAAUGAUGAAAACAGGCCUAACAUCACAUAGACCUUUGUCAGGUCAAUUGUAUAAAUACACAAAUGUGGUGAAGGGAUGGCAGCAAAGAUGGUUUGCUGUUGAUCCUGAGACUGGUGUUCUAUCUUAUUAUCUUUAUGAUGGACCAGGAGACACAAUACAGCCUGGACAGCCGGCCAGGGGGGAGGCUCAUUUAGCUGCAGCAGUGAUAUGCCCAAGCGACGAAGACUCCAAGACCUUCACCAUAAACUGCGCGUCCGGCGACAUGUUGAAGCUGAGAGCUACCGACGCCCGCGCGCGCCAGGAGUGGGUCGACGGGCUCAGGGCCAUUGCUGAGAUACACACCAAGGUGAUGGGGGCCAACCCGCCCCUGCAGCCGAGAGAGCAGCUCGCGGUCCACGACGCCAUGGCGUCGGCCAGGCAGCAGCUACAAGCGACCGAACUCAGUGACGCGGCCCUCGCGCGCUGCAUAGAGUCUUCAGAUUCUCCCUUCCCUCACACGGAUCCUGAUUUGUUACUUUUGAAGGCGACGUCUGCGGCCAGCAUGCAGUGCCUGCUGCAGUGCCUGGGCGUGCUGCAUCGCCAGCAGCAGUACGCCACGCUCACCGUCUCCUCCAAGCAUUCCGACAACGAACAUUAGGACCUAACUCAAGUGUUUAUUGUAUUCUUUGAUGUGUUCAAAUUCAUUCAUUAAGACCAGGUUGCCGGAACGAGUCAAUGCGACAUACGAUUUUAUUUUUAUUUAUUUACUUAUAACUUAUUUACUUAUAACUAUGUUAGUUUGAAUAGAAUUAUAAAAUAGAAUACCAAUUUAUUUCCCUCUUCACUUCCAAUUCCAAUGAUCUGUAUGUUUUUACUUAAGAGAAAAUAUGAACAUAUCACACCUUUAGAAUUAAAGAGGCCUGUUUCAAAAAAUUUGGGUUUCGGCUUUAAUUCAAAAAUGGACCUAUAACAACCCUUUUUAGCGACUCUUAACAAAUGACCAAAAGUAGCUUAAAAAGGGACAAACUUAUCCAUCGGUCUCUUUCACCCCGUGCCCUUCCUCUUACGUCUUUUUCGAGAAAACUUUAUUCGAUGUUUUCCAAGAAACAAUUUUAAGAGUUGGGUUUCUAUAAUUCGAAAGGUGCGAUAUACUGGAUGUCCGGCAGUCUAGUGCUGAUGAUGCGUCGCUCAUUGAUUACAAUAGUGACACUAUGUAUGCGGCCAUGUUCGACCCCCCACGGGUCUCGUGUAAACAUUUUUGUAUGAAAAGCGAACUGUCACCAAUAAACUGUUCCUUCCUAUUCGAUCCCAAGAUAAGAUUUAUAUUUCUUCACUAAUAACAUCCUCGAGGUCUACCAGCCGUCCGCAACAACACAGCAGGUGGGAGUCGCGUCGAUCCGAACGUUAAUGGUUCGGAAAUUGUACAUUUGCAAAAUAUAUUCUUAAAUUUAUGAUAACUCUACUCUCUAACUCUCUGAUAACUUCCGCAGAGUGUGACCAAAAAGUAGACAGUGCUCUUACAAGAGAGCAGUUUACAUAAACUAAAAAGUUUAAAAUAAUUUAAUUAUCAAGGCCCCUGAAACCGACUAAUAGCAAGUUGUUUUUAUAGUUUAAAAAAUCUACAUGAAUCCCGACUCCUGGCCGAUAUAGAAAAUAUUAUAAAUAAAAAGGUUCCGAACCUUUUUUAAAUCCAGUUACGUUUUUAAAUUGAAGUUUAUUGUUUGUUAUCAUUACAUACGUGACAAGAAUUUAGAUUUUUUUACAAUGUGCGAUCAAGAAUUUAGAACUUUGCGUAUCGACCCGCGGUACCCUUUCCAGAACCAAACCAGGGCGUGUUACGAUAACUACUGUGAUUAUUUCAAAUGCACCCGUCUCCUCGGCGAAGUUGAUGAUUGCAAAAUAUUCAAGAGAUAUUACGAAACUAUAUGCCCUAAUUAUUGGAUCUCUCAUUGGGAUGAACAGCGUGAGAAGGGCAUUUUCCCAGGACCUAUUUAACUGAAUAAUAAAUUUUAAAAUUCUGAUUGGA